UGUCAGUGUCUUACACUGAGCUCGUGCAGCGCACUCAUUCCCAAUCACUCCCGGGCCGGAAAGGAGUGUCUGUGCACCUGCCGCUCUCCUGCUCAUCCCUCUGUGAACACCGGACAUUACCUCCUUGUUGCUUUUACCCCGGACCACACAUGGUGUCUCUUGUGGAGUCAUAUCCUUCGUUUCUGUAUUCUCCUGCACUAAGUUUCUGCACUGUUGGGAUGAUCACGCGCGUGCUUGUGUUCCGGAGUGCUCAGUAAAGGCGCGCCUCAUCGCUCGCGCACCACCAAAUGGACUAGUCGUUUUUGUUGUUUUUUAAAAAAUCAUCCACUAUGGCUUUAUUACAGAUUUCUUUUGCACUCUUUGUACUAUCAGUGUGUGCUGUAGAGCUGGAUCCUGCUCUUCGUGUGGACAUCCUUAAGGAGCUGAAUGUGGGAGAAUCUUUCUCCGGAGUUUUCCCAGUACAGGGUUUCCACAAUGACACCACUGCAUUUCUGUUUAAAGGGACGAGGAGGAGCGUGCGAGCCUCAGCCGGAGUGGCAGAGCGAAUUCUGCAGAAGCUCAGAGGCAGAGUGGAGCUCACCCUACUGCUGACACUCAAACAAGAUAAAUUCAACUCGGGCGUGUUGCUGUCCAUCCAUCAUGGAGAACAAAGGUAUCUGGAGCUGGAGAGCAACGGGCAGCGCAGUGAAAUCCGGCUGCACUACUGGAUGGCAGAUCAGCAGAACCGCACAGAGGUUUUCCCCUACAACCUGGCAGACGCACGCUGGCAUAGACUGGCCCUGACACUCAGCACUACUCAGCUGGUGCUUUAUGUGGACUGCAGCAGAAUUUAUGAGAGGAUUAUUGAGACACCAUCUAUGGACAUUCCUCCAGGUACAACUGUGUGGCUCGGGCAAAGGAAUAACGUUCAUGGAUUCUUUAAGGGUGUGAUGCAGGAAGUCGAGUUGGUUUUCAUGCCUCAAGGAUACAUCUCACAGUGUCCUGAUCUCAACCGCACUUGUCCAACCUGCAAUGAUUUCCAUGGUCUGGUGCAGAAAAUCAUGGAGCUACAGGACAUUUUAGCCAAAACAUCUGGAAAGCUCGCUCGUGCUGAGGAACGGAUGAAGACUCUGGAAGGCUGCUACUGUGAGAAGACCUGCACUCUUAACGGAGAGAUCUACCGAGACGAGGACGUCUGGAUAGACGGGUGCAAGAACUGCACGUGUUUGAAUGGCAGUGUUGAGUGUGAGAGCAUCUUCUGUCCUGCACCGCAGUGUCCUCCGGAUACUGCACCAGCCUACAUUCCUGGAGCGUGCUGUAAAGAGUGUCAGCCUGUGUGUGUAUUCAGAGAGAGGGUGUAUGUGGAAGGAGAACGGAAGAGCGUGCAUGACUCUACAGGAAACUGUCUGCUUUAUGAGUGCAGGGACCGUAAGAUGAGGAAAGUGGAAAGCAACACUUGUCCAGAGCUCAACUGUCCUGAAUCAGAACAGAUAACCCUCACAGACCGCUGCUGUAAAGUGUGUCAAGGACAUGAUUUCUGUGCGGAUGGCUACAGCAGCAGCUGUGUGGAGAACUCGGAGUGUGUGAAUCUGGAGGCAGGAGCCUGCUGCAGCUGCAGAGAUGGCUACCGGGCAGUGAGGGAUGACAGUGCAUACUGCCAAGAUAUUGAUGAAUGUGCAGAGGGGAAACACUACUGCAGGGAGAACACGGUGUGUGUGAACACGCCUGGAUCGUUCGUGUGUGCGUGUAGCGAAGGCUACAUCCGGAUCGAUGACUAUUCAUGCACUGAGCAUGAUGAGUGUAUAAGUGGACUCCACAGCUGCGAUGAGAACGCACUCUGCUUUAAUACGGUUGGAGGACACAGCUGCACCUGCAAGCCAGGGUAUCUGGGUAAUGGCACCGUCUGCAGAGCACAGUGUGAUGGAUUGUGCCAUAACGGAGGCUCCUGUGUGGCUCCAGACACAUGCAUCUGCCAACAAGGCUUUACCGGGAAGAGAUGUGAAACAGACAUUGAUGAGUGUUCGAACGGCUUUGUGGAGUGUGACAGUCGAGCCACAUGUGUGAACCUUCCAGGCUGGUAUCACUGCGAAUGCCGUGACGGUUACCACGAUAAUGGAAUGUUUUUAUCAAAUGGGGAGUCUUGUGAAGAUAUCGAUGAAUGUGAGACAGGUAGGCACAGCUGUGCUAACGACACGGUGUGCUUUAACAUGGACGGAGGCUAUGACUGCAGGUGUCCUCACGGGAAAAACUGCACAGGCGACUGUUUUCAUGAUGGAAAGGUGAAGCACAACAGGCAGAUUUGGGUGCUGGAUGAGGACAGGUGCGCCGUCUGCUCCUGUCAGUCAGGGUUGGUGAUGUGCAGAAGGAUGGUGUGUGACUGCGAGAACCCGACAGUGGACAUCUCCUGCUGUCCAGAGUGUGACCCUCGUCUCAGCUCUCAGUGUCGGCUCUACAGUGGCCUUCUGACUUACAACAGCGGGGACACCUGGGUGGACAAGUGCCAGCAGUGCCAAUGCAUACAUGGUGAGGUGGACUGCUGGCCGAUGCCCUGUGCUCCAUUGACUGACUGCGAAUUUGUGGCGGUGCCUGAAGGCGAGUGCUGCCCCCGGUGCAUUUCUGACCCAUGCCAGGCAGACACGAUGUUCAAUGACUUCACCAAAACCUGUGCGGAUGAAUAUGGCGUCACACGCUUAAGCGGCUCUACCUGGAAUAAACAUGGCACCGAGUGCUCCAUCUGCCAAUGCAAGAAUGGGCAUGUCUGUUGCUCUGUGGAUCCUCUGUGCCUCUAGUGCCAUUCAAAAGGCAACUGUCUAUCUCACUGCCCUUUUCUCGUUUUCUAUCCCCAUCAUUUCUUUGUCUCUCUCUACUCCUUGCUUCCUCUAUAUCUCCCUCAUUCUGUCUCUCAGCUCUUGCAUUUCUGUACACCUUCAGAUUGCUUUUUUUUUAUUGUCUUACAUGUACUGCGUCAAAUUGACAUAACCAGUCCCUCUAGGAUUUCGCAGAGUUUUUUGUGAUUGUUGGCCAAAAUGCUUGAUUUUUUUUUAUUAUUUUUUUAAUUUGCAGUGAAACAUUGUGUGCUGUUUGAUUUGCGAUUGCAAGCACAGGAUUCUUCUAUUAAUAUCCUAGCAGUGAAGACACACAUGUAAUGACUUUCUAUGAGAGCUGUGCUCAUGUUCCACAAACGUGAAUAGAAGAGGGCUUUGGCCGAAUGUGUGUUUCGAUGCCGUCACACGUCGCAUCGUGACCCGAAUCUGCAGAAAUAAUUUUUUUUAAUUUUUUUUAAAGUGUCUGAUUUUUGUUUUCAUUUCUGUGAUCGCAAAAUAAUGAAAUCCUGGAGGUAUUGAAUAAAAGACUCGCGAGAUUCAGAUCUUGAUCACAGUACAUGCAUCAGAACAACAGCUUUUGCUUUUGAUACUCACAUUUAAUUACUUCGACUGCAAGACGCUACCCUGAGAUUCUUGAUGCAUGGAGAAAAAGGCUUUAAGCGUGAUGCUCAGAAAUCCAGAAGUCUAUGCAUUCCACUGUAAAAUAUCCACUUUCAUCACUCCAUGAGCAUGACUCAAUCCAGCAUUAGCCAUUCUGCAGUAGUGCUAAUCUAUCCAUUUCUACCAGAAUAUAAAAGACUUUGGUGUAUUCUCUUGCUUGAGUUUUUCUUCUUUUUUUUUUUCCUUAAACCUGAAACAUAUGUUUUUAUGUUUUAUGUUGUAUCUUUUCUUUGUUGAACUGAGGUAUAAUUUAUUCUGUGGCUUGGUAUUAUGUAAUGGUGAAAUAAAAAUUUCCAUUGAAAGAAAAA